GCUGCGGGGUCCGGCCGGCGGCCGCCUGCGGCUGGGCGCGUCGCUGCGCUCCUGCCCGGGGCCGCUGCAUUCUCCGAGUCUCCAGCAGAGGCUGCGGGAGGCGGGCGGGCGGGCGGGGACCGGCCCCGGGUCCACUUCCCCCCGGUCAGACACGCACCUCCCCGGCUGCCGCUCGCAGCCCCGCGCGCCCCCGCGCCGGACUCGCCCGCACGGCCGCGCCGCUCGCCGCGUCCCGAGGCGGCAGGACCGGGGGCAGCCCCGGGCCGCUCCCCGAGGUCCCUGCUCUGGACUGCCCGCGCGCCCCGAGGACCGGCCCGACCCCCGCCGCACCCGAGGCUUGGGGGCUGCAGAGGCGCUGCCUGGUGACCGAGGAGCGGCGGCGCGCGGGGGGCGCGGGCGGGGACCCCGGGGGGCCGUCCAUGCCCCGGGUGCGGCCGCGCCCCCUCCCCGUCCAGCCGGGCGCCCCCGCGCGCGCGGGGCCGCGGGCCUGUCCGGGUGCCCCGUCGGGGGCCGCGCCCCGGCGGCCGCGCUGAGGCCACCAUGUGAGCCGCCGCCCCCGGGCGCCCCCGGUCCGCGCUCCUGGUGGGCCCCGGCCCCGCGCAGGCCCACCAUGAGGCCCCCCGGGCUCCGGGCCGCGCUGCUGCUGCUGCUGGGCCCGCUGUGGACGGCGGCCACGCCCGCGCCGGCGGGGCCUGGGGCGCGGCCGGAGGACGGCGGCGCGCUCGGCCCCGGGCGCGUGAAGCGGGGCUGGGUGUGGAACCAGUUCUUCGUGGUGGAGGAGUACACGGGCACGGAGCCGCUGUACGUGGGCAAGAUCCACUCGGACUCGGACGAGGGGGACGGGGCCAUCAAAUACACCAUCUCGGGCGAGGGCGCCGGCACCAUCUUCCUCAUCGAUGAGCUGACGGGCGACAUCCACGCCAUGGAGCGGCUGGACCGGGAGCAGAAGCCGCUGUACACGCUGCGGGCGCAGGCCCGGGACCGCGCCACCGACCGCCUGCUGGAGCCCGAGUCCGAGUUCGUCAUCAAGGUGCAGGACAUCAACGACAGCGAGCCCCGCUUCCUGCACGGCCCCUACAUCGGCAGCGUGGCCGAGCUGUCCCCCACAGGCACAUCGGUGAUGCAGGUGAUGGCCUCAGAUGCAGAUGACCCCACAUACGGCAGCAGCGCACGGCUGGUGUACAGCGUGCUGGACGGAGAGCAUCACUUCACCGUGGACCCCAAGACAGGUGUGAUCCGGACAGCCGUGCCCGACCUUGACCGGGAGAGCCAGGAGCGCUACGAGGUGGUGAUCCAGGCCACAGACAUGGCCGGCCAGCUGGGCGGGCUCUCGGGCUCCACGACCGUCACCAUCGUGGUCACCGACGUGAACGACAACCCGCCCCGCUUCCCGCAGAAGCUGUACCAGUUCACCAUCCAGGAGUCGGCCCCCAUCGGCACGGCCGUGGGCCGCGUGAAGGCCGAGGACUCCGACGUGGGCGAGAACACAGACAUGACUUACCACCUCAAGGAGGAGAGCGGCAGCGGCGGGCACGUGUUCAAGGUCACCACGGACAGCGACACGCAGGAGGCAGUCCUCAUAGUCCAGAAGCGCCUGGAUUUCGAGUCCCAGCCGGUGCACACUGUCGUCCUGGAGGCGCUCAACAAGUUCGUGGAGCCGCGCUUCGCCGACCUGGGCACCUUCCGCGACCAGGCCAUCGUGCGCGUGGCCGUGACCGACGUGGACGAGCCCCCCGAGUUCCGGCCGCCCUCCGGCCUCCUGGAGGUGCAGGAGGACGCGCAGGUGGGCUCCCUGGUCGGCGUGGUGACGGCGCGGGACCCCGACGCCGCCAACCGGCCCGUCCGGUACGCCAUCGACCGAGACUCGGACGUGGACCAGGUCUUCGAUAUCGACGCGGACACGGGCGCCAUCGUGACGGGCAAGGGGCUGGACCGCGAGACGGCCGGCUGGCACAACAUCACGGUGCUGGCCAUGGAGGCAGACAACCACGCCCAGCUGUCCCGCGCGUCCCUCCGCAUCCGCAUCCUGGACGUGAACGACAAUCCCCCGGAGCUGGCCACCCCCUACGAGGCGGCCGUGUGUGAGGACGCCAAGCCAGGCCAGCUCAUCCAGACGAUCAGCGUGGUGGACAGGGACGAGCCCCAGGGCGGACACCGCUUCUACUUCCGCCUCGUGCCAGAGGCCCCCAGCAGCCCGCAUUUCUCCCUCCUCGACAUCCAAGACAACACGGCGGCCGUGCGCACGCAGCACCCGGGCUUCAACCGGCAGGAGCAGGACGUGUUCCUGCUGCCCAUCCUGGUGAUGGACCGCGGGCCGCCCUCCCUGAGCAGCACGGGCACCCUCACCAUCCGCGUGUGCGGCUGCGACAGCGCGGGGGCCAUCCUGUCCUGCAACACCACCGCCUUCGUCGUGGCCGCCUCCCUGAGCCCCGGGGCCCUCAUCGCCCUGCUGGUCUGCGUCCUCAUCCUGGUCGUGCUGGUGCUGCUGAUCCUCACGCUGCGGCGCCACCACAAGAGCCACCUGAGCUCGGACGAGGACGAGGACAUGCGCGACAACGUGAUCAAGUACAACGACGAGGGCGGCGGCGAGCAGGACACGGAGGCCUACGACAUGUCGGCGCUGCGCAGCCUGUACGACUUCGGCGAGCCGCAGGGCGGCGGCGCGGGCAGCGCGGGCAGCGCGGGCAGCGCGGGGGGCCACUCGCUGCCGCGGGCGCCGCGCAGCCCCGAGCCGGACUUCGCGGCCUUCCGGGACUUCAUCGGCCGCAAGGUGGCGCUGGCGGACGCCGACCCCGCCGUGCCGCCCUACGACGCCUUCCAGACCUACGCCUUCGAGGGCGCGGGCUCGCCCGCCGCCUCGCUCAGCUCGCUGCACAGCGCCUCCUCCUCCGAGCUGGACCUGGCCUGCCUGGCCGCCUGGGGCCCGCGCUUCCGCCCGCUGGCCGCGCUCUACGCCGCGCAGCCGGGCGCCGACGACGCGGCACAGGCCUCCUAGCCCGGCCGGACUCGCCCCCCGCGCCCCUGCCCUGCCCUGCCCUGCCCCGCGCCCCUUCCCCUCCAGCGGACUGGGCACUCGCCCGGCCUGGCCCCGGGCGCGCUGGGCACGUGCAGGGCGGCGGACUGGGCACUCGCCCAGCCUGGCCCCGGGUGCGCUGGGCACGUGCAGGGCAGAGGGAGCCCAAGGGGGCAGCGGGGACCACCCGGGUCUCGUGCAAUCUGCAAAUAGGACCGAGCAGGGUGUGUGGUCACCCCCCCGCCCCGGGGGAGCCCGGCCUGGGCCGGGUCAGCGUGGAGGAGAGGCGGGUUUCUCUCUCCUGGCUGGGGCGGGGGGCACUGCCGGGGCUCCCCCCGGGCAGAGGGCAGAGGAGAGAGACGGGCUGUUCAUUUACUAAGCACCUACUGUGCGCGGGGACGCCGUGCCCACGGUCUUGGUCGUCCCAGGGACGGCGAGGUGGGCCCUGUGGGUAGCCACGGAGACGUCCCCAGAGAAGCGGUGGGGACACCCCACCCCCCACCCGCCCCCAAGGACUCAGCAGCCGGGGACGCCUGGAGUCACAGGCCCCAACCCGCACAGCUGCUGGGCCUGGGGACGCGUCACACACCACCCCCCCCCCGCCGCUUCUCUGGGCCUCAGUUUCCUCAUCUGUCAAAUGAGGUUAAUAACAGAAGCUACCUCGAAGCAUUGUGAGGAUUCAAGGGUUCACGUGGGAGCGAGUGCUGGAGGAUAGUGCCUGGCGCAGAGUAGAUGUUCAAUAAAUGCCGGCCUUUGAUACGCCCUGGA